AUGUCUCUCAUCAACCAAAAUGCGCCGCAAGUACCGUCCCUCGACAACACCUUAGGCGUUUGGCUCAUAGGGACGUUCCUGGGAACGCUCCUGCAAGGUCUAGUUGUGUUCCAAACAUACAGGUACUUCUGCUUGUAUCCCAAGGAUCCCCUUUACUUGAAGUUAUGGGUCUUCGCGGUGCUGAUUCUUGAAAUGCUGAAUUCGGCGUUAACCAUGCACACUUCCUAUGUCUACCUGGUGUCCAACUUCUUCAACCCCGCCAUACUUCAAGGGCCCAUUGUCCGCUCGUUGGCAAUUUAUCCCAUACCGGCCGCGCUGGCCGGCUUAGUAUCACAGUGCUUCUUUGUUCGACGAGUGUAUAUGCUCGGACGCCGAUUCAGAUUUCUCGCCGCAAUCACAAUGCCGUGUUACGUUCUAUUCCUAGGGUUUUGUACGGCACUCUCAAUCAAAGGUCUGCAGGUCGCCAACCUCGAUGAAUUCCGGAAGUAUUCUUGGCUCGCGUCUGCAGCCUCAUGCGUGCUAUUGGUCGCAGAUUUCCUAAUCACCGCUGUUCUCAUCCGCUUCUUGCGUGGGAGCCGCACCGGGCUCACUCGUACGGAUUCACUCCUGGACACAUUGAUCAUCUACGCUGUUGGUACCGGAUUGUUAAUCUGGCCCAUCUCAAGCGUGUUCAAUAUCCUCAACGUUGUGUUCGCACUUGCGUGCCCGAACAACCUGAUCUACACGGCGAUCUCAAUGAUCCUCACCAAGCUAUAUGCGAACUCAUUUUUGGUCGCCCUCAAUUUGCGAGACUCGCUAGGCAACAUUGGGUCCAUUGGUGCAACCGACACGAGCCCCUUCGGAUCGACAUUGCUACGGGGCAACAGGGCGCCUGGCGGCCGCACUGGGUUAGGAACGUUGCGGUUUGGCUUCUCAGGCCCGUCGUCGGAGCCGGCCUCUGCCAUUGAGCUCAAGAUGGCGCCCGGCAUUUCGCGAGACACCACAAGUGACGUGAGCAAGGGAGAGCAUCAUGGCGAGGAAGAUUCGGCGAAGUUCGUUGCUGUGUAG